AUGUUUCACCCAGUCCAUCGCUCGUCAGCCCUGCUGCGCGUCCUCGCCGUCACCCUCAUCGCUCUCUUGCCCUCGCUGGCCCACGCCCAGACCCUCAUCGACUUCUCCAGCCUGCCCUCGUGCGCCAAUUCCUGCACCAACUUGGUCAACGCCCAGAGCGGCUGCGUCCCUCCCGCCGCCGCCGUCACAAACCAGCAAACCUACGUUUCGUGCUUCUGCCAGUCCGCCCUCCUCCCCAACUUCCGCGCCGGCUCCGGAGCCGACUGCGCCUCGUCCUGCACCAAUGCCGCCGACCAGUCCGCCAUCCAGCAGUGGUACGUCGCCUACUGCGCGAGCGGCGGCCAGAGCGGCGGCGUGACAUCGUCCGCCACGUCCAGCUCAGCGACCUCGACCGCGGCCACCUCGUCGGCCGCAGACAGCACCUCCACCCGCAACAGCAACGCCGUCAUCAACGACUACGACGGCGAUGGCGACCCUUCCAACAACUACGAAGGCAGCUGGAUCUCCGCCCACUGGAAGUGGGUCAUAAUGCUCGCCGUCAUCUUUCUGGCCAUGAUCUUCUUCUCCAUCCUCGGCGUCUGGCUCAAGCGCCGCCACCGCGCCCGCCGCGACGCCGCCCGCUCCAACCUCGCCGCCGGCGGCGAAGCCGGCCGCGGCAGCGGCCACGACAUGACGGGCGCCAUCCCCCCGCCGCCGCCCAUGGCCCACCUCAAGAACGCAAACGACUCGGGCACGCUCGCGUCGACGCUCGAUCUGCCCAACAACGGCGGCGGCGGCGGUGCGACGUCCCCUUCCCCCGCCGGCCGCCCGCGCAGCCGCACGAACACGAUGACCCGCUUCCCCAACGGCAGCAUGAGCAACGUCGGCGCCAACGGCCAGCAGGGCCAGCCGCAGCAGCCCGUCGUGUGGGGCCCGCACCAGCACCAGGCCGCCACCCACGGCUACGAGUACCACAACCAUCCCGGCAUGAGCGACGGCUCGCCCGGGCCCAGCAUCCCGCCGUCGCCGGUCAAUAUCCCGUCGCCGAGCGUGUCGCCCGUGGGCGGCGGCUAUGGCGGCAGCGGCAGCAGCAAUAGGUAUUCGGGGGGCGCCGGCAAGGAUAGGAGCAGGGAUGUUGCGAUUGAUGAGGUGGCGGAUGAGGAUGCCGUCGCGCCGGCGUACGCGCCGGCGAAGGAGCGGUUGAGGAGGAAGUUGAGUAAGCGGUGA